AUGCACCCACUGGUGGACUCGAGAAUUGAUCCCACUCUUCUGGAAAGCAAAUCAAAACUGCAACCUUGGGAGGAGACUCAUCAUGGCUCCAAGGCCUCCGUGGUCACCGAGCCCAAGCUCCCACCUCCCGAGCCGGGAGAACAGUCCGGGCUCCCAACUGCUCCUCGGGUUCUGUCCCGCAGGCCCCUGGGAUGGGAAUCGGACAGCGAGGAUCUCAGCGCCGCCUGCGGAGAGUCCUCGGGACAAACUGGGCUCAAGCAAACGGGGACCUGGGGCCCAGAGGCGGCGAGGCCCUUGUCCCUGGGCCGUGGCCGGGAAGCUGGGCCACAGACGGAUGGGGCUCCCCCCAAGCCCCUGACAGAGCCCGGGCCAGAAACAAGCUCCCCACGACCGCGGAGAAAGGGGCUGCUCUGCGGGAAGGGGGGGGGGAAACGCCCGCCCUCGGAGGCGCCAACCCGGCCGAGCAGCCCCCUCCCGGCCCCUCCCUCCACGCUGGGGCCGCGCCGCCCCGAAGCCCCCCGGGCGCACACAGCGCGGAGCCGCCUCCGCCAAUACGGGGUGCGCAGGGCUGCGGCUUUCGGGGGAGGAGGGCUCGGCUUCGGCGACCCCGGGCCAAAGCGGCCGCGCCCCCUCCCGCGCCCCGGGCUCCCACCUUUGCCGCCGUCCCGGCUCCCUCCGGCCAGCCUCCGGCCGCCCGCCGCCCCUCCCGCAGCUCGGCCGGCCGCCAGCCCCGGGGAUGACUCAGCGCGGCCGCCGACUCCCCGUUUCAGAUGGAAUUUCCCAAGCUCCGGCGGUAUCCGGGGAGCCCCGCUCCCCCCAAGCUCCGGACCCUCGGCUGCGGAGCCCCCCCAGUCACCAGCAAGGUUGAGCGCGAGCGCCCCCGGUAACCCGGCCGACGUGCGCCCCCCCGGGCUGCAGGGCUCCGGGACGUGGGUUGGCUGCAUCCAUUCCGGGAGAGGCAGCGGGGAACCUUCGCAGGUCUGCCCUUGCCCUGAGAACCCUGCCUCAAUUUCCCUGAUGUGUCAGCGGUUACUUGGAGCCCUGCAUCAUUCAACACCUGUUGCUGAGCCAAACACAAGCCCCCCAAGUACUGCCAUGAAAGCCGGGGAGACGCCAACUUCCCGAAUUCCUCCCCUUGACGCCUCGGGGCACAGGGCCUUGGGUCAGGACAGCCAGGACCCAGCCUUGGACUCUGCCCCUCCCCCACUUGGGUUCAUGCUGGCCCUGGGCCGGGCCGCCGGGGCCUCAGUGUGCUUCUCUGCCAGGAAAGGGGGCUGCAGGACAUGGUUCCUGUCACUGGCUGGGUUCUGCAGUAACCUCACAGCUGCAGCUGCCUUCAUGUUGGCACUCGGAACAAAUCCCAAGCUGAACAGUCAACUUGGGCCCCGUUCAGGUUCCGCUGGCCCUCCGCAGAGUGACUUUGAGCUGGAUCCCUCGUGUCCUUCUCCAUCAGCUGAGGGGGUGAGCGUCUAG